AGCUUCCGUAAAUAGAGCCCGCAGCAGCCCAGAGUGAGCUUCACCCGAGCGAGUGUUGCAACAUCUCCUGUCUCCUUGCUCUAAAAAUCCAUUUAACAGGCACGUGAAUAACCAGCCCAGCGGCCAGUAAGGGCCCGAGGCUCGCACUCCGGCCUACAGCACAUUUGCCCUUUAUGGUGCCUAAAGCCAUUGCUUAAACACAGUUUCAUGUUUGUUGCUGCCGGACUGGGAAGGCUGGUCACGCUUGGCCUUUAACGUAUUCCGAUCAACCGCCACUGAUUGUAAUUUGACUCGGCGCUGACAGGGGGCCGGACCAUGCCACUGGAUCCCGAUAAGCCCGGUACUGGCGAGGGAGCGCCCAGCGAUCCCAACAGAGAGAGAAAUGUAGAGAACCCCGUAGAGGAAUCUGUAAGAAAGAGAAUUCGGCAGAGCACCCCAAGCCCUCACAGAGGAAACACUCCCCAGGCAAGUCCCCCCCGGUUUGUUUCUGUGGAAGAACUGAUGGAGGCUGCAAAAGGUGUAACUAACAUGGCACUGGCACACGAGAUUGUACUCAACGGAGGUUUCCAGAUCAAACCCAAGGAACCCCCAGAAGGAAGCCUGGAGAAGCAUGUACGGGACAUUGUACACAAGGCAUUCUGGGAUUGCUUCGAAGCACAGUUCCGGGAAGACCCCCCAGUGUAUGACCAUGCCAUUAUACUGCUGGCAGAAAUUAAAGAGGCACUUUCUUCCUUCCUGCUCCCUGGCCACACUCGGUUAAAGAACCAAAUUAACGAGGUUCUAGACUUGGACCUCAUCAAGCAAGAAGCGGAGAAUGGAGCUCUGAACAUCCCCCGGCUGGCUGAAUUUAUCAUUGGGAUGAUGGGGACCCUGUGUGCCCCAGCCAGGGAUGAGGAGAUCAGAAAGCUCAGGCACAUUAAAGAGCCCAUAGCUUUAUUCAGAGCCAUCUUCUCGGUUCUAGACCUUAUGAAGGUGGACAUGGCCAACUUUGCUAUCAGUAGCGUUCGGCCGCACUUGAUGCAGCAGUCUGUGGAAUACGAAAGGAAGAAAUUCCAGGAUUUCCUUGAGAAGCAACAAGAUUCACUUGAUAUUGUCACCCAGUGGCUGCAGGAGGCUGCCGAUGCCCUGGCUCCAUCACGGCCUGAAGACGCUGGCCCGGUGGCUGCAGAAGCGGCUGAUAGAACCCUGUGUCCUGUUACGGUGCUGAACCAGGCGUACGUGAAACUGCUGUCAUGGGAUCAUAGGCACAAGCCAUUCCCAGAGACUCUCUUAAUGGACCAAAUUCGUUUCCAAGAAAUGCAGGUGGAGCUUGCCCAGCUUACUCUUCUGGGAACCUUGCUCUUAAUAACCCACAAUUCCGCCGGCCCUGCCCUUUCUGGGCACCAAGAAUUCCAGGACAGGAUAAAGAACAUCAUUAAAGUGCUGUUACAGGACGUGGGCUCUGCGCCCAUCAGUACAAAUGACGUGUUGGCGACUGUGAGCGAGAAGAUUUGCUUAGAGCUGAACAGUUCACUCGCUCAGUACGGCUUCACUCCAUUCUCAGCAGAGAGAGAGGCGGCACUGAAAGGGCAGAUUCAGAGCGCAGGAAGCCCCUCCAAUCAAAUUUACCGGCUAAUAGACAACAGAAUACAAACCUUUCUGCUAAACUCUCUGGGCUCCAGCAGCCUCCGGUCUCUUCCAACAUUGCCAAGUGGAUUGGGCCCAAUUCAGAAAGAACUUGAGGAGACUACGGUGAAAUUUGUCCGUCUCGUCAACUACAACAAAAUGGUGUUCAGUCCGUAUUAUGACUCGGCCCUAAGCAAAAUCCUGAAUAUCGCAGGAACCCGUGCUUAAGGGCAGAAUCAUUAAAUAAUAGGAUAAACUUGAGGAAUGGACCAAUGGUAAUUUUCGGAAUGCAGUUUUGCAUAUACAACGAUUUACCUUGGGGGCUACCAGUAAAGAAGUACCCCCAAAUCAACGUAUUAAUCAUAAUACCAGUAUGUAUUUCAUAGGAAUAUUAUAUGCGUCUCUACACCUGAACAUUACAUCAUAGUUGAAGGGGCAUAUUUAUUAAAUGGAAAAUAUACCAACACACAACAAUGUAAAGAUGCCCUGAGUGCCCUUUUGCAAUUAAAUUUAUUUUAGAUUUCGUUAUAUCAGCAGUUUUUACACUGCUUCUGUUAUGAAAGUGUUACAGGAGCACCCCCUGCUGGUCCGUCCAGACGGGGGAUAAAGGAUUCCCUUACUGAUGUAGGAAGCAUCUCCAGGAGUUUCCCUGCUCAGUCCUAUCACUCCUGUCUCACUAAGUGAUCAGGAGAUGCUUCCUGCAGGAAUAGCUUGUUGCCUUUGUGUCUAGUCCCAACCCAGAGAGAACAGCAGGGGGCGCUCCUGUACCACCUUCAUGUCGCCCAUCUUUAAACAGGGGACUGACAUUUCAAGGCAAAAACACAGUUAAAUGCUUUUUACCUGUUUUUCAUUUGCUUCCCUUGGGCCAAAAUAUAUAUCACAAAAAUAUCACAAUGCAGAAAUAUUAUUUUCUAUCAGUUUAAAUUUGUAUUUUUUUUUUGGAGCAAAAAGAAGGGAAUUUUAUAAAAGUGCCAUUUAGUUUACCACAAAAUUAGACUAAUUUAAAAGCUUUAUAAUAUUUGUAAAGAGAUUUUAGAGGUAACAUUUCUUUAUAUCAUAUACAUUUAUUGUAUAAAUUAUGAGUCUUAAAUUAUUUGUAGGACUGUAUACGGAGUGUUUACAAAUGCGAGGAGAUGGGGUUGUUUACCUUUCAGUUAACUUUUAUUAUGAUGAAGAAGACAAUUUGCAAUUGGUUUUCUUUUCUUCUUUAAUUAUUAAGCAUUUUGUUCAGCAGCUUUCCAGUUUUGAAUUUUAGCAGCUAUCUGGUUGCUAGGGUCUUGUUUACCUUAGCAACCGGCAAUUGAUUCGAAAACUGGAAAGAUGUAGCAGAGGAAAACAAUUAAUUCAAAAACUAUUAAAAGAAUGGAUAAAGAAACAAUGAAGACCAACUGCAAAGUUGCUAGGAAUAGGACAUUCCAUAACGUACUAAAAGUUAAUUGAAAGGUGACCCGCCCUUAUAAACAUGGAGUACCUUACUGAUGAUUCCAGCCAAUAGGAACACUAAAGUGGAAAGUAAAUAAAACACUUGCAUUUUGCCACUUAAAUAUUAUUGGUCUCCUAUGGUUUCUCUAUUUAUAAUAAACGAGGGAACUGGGGAAUCCAA